CCCCACGCAAAUUCAGCAGGGAUUCUAUUGCAGUAUUCUCUUGUGAAGGAGACCGCUUGCUCGCCUUUGUGCUUUACUUUUAUACUGAGACGAGAAAACCUCUUAUUUAGAGGAACUUUUGGCUGCGAAUCCACCUACACCACCAUGAACUUCUUGAAAAAGGUGCUAGGAAGUAGCCCCAAGCCGGAGAUCGCAAUGAUCCCCAGCGGUCGGCUAUACCUUGCCAGAUCGCAAAUCUCUGUCAAAGGCUACUCGGAGUGCAUAUUCAAAGAUGCCGUCGCUGUGAUCCGCCGCACGACUACGGAAUACCACUACCAGCUGGUAAUUCAGCGGGCUUUCGAAGAAGGCGAGGAGCAGCUCGAAGAUGAUGAGGAAGAUGAGGCUUUUGACGAGUAUACCUUCUUGAUGGACGAGGCUCUGGCUUUUCGCAAGUUCACUAGCGAGGAAGGUAGCGUGAUAUUUGCAUGGAAGGAACUAUCUGGAGAUCCUGGUGACAUUUUCGAAUUUGUCUGCGACGAGAGUACAGACUCUGGGGCUAUCAACAGUUUUUUCAACGUCGCGUUGCAGUGUCAGUACGAGCGAAAAUACGGAAAGCCUUCCAGCUCCGCGACCGAUGCUGAUCUGGAGCAAUUCAUAUUCACUGGAGCAACUCAAUCUCCACCAUCACCCCAGGUAGUCUCGCGCCGAUCAUCUGCUGGCGGCGUCCCUGCUACGCCUGAAAAGAAACGUGAGGCGCCAGCUGCUGUCAAAACAGAGCCUCCAGCCACUCCUGGUGCACCCACUCAUUCCAUGCCUGCCGAGCUCGCUGUGAAGAGCAUCUUUGGAUCUGAAAAGGCCGAGCUGCAUAUAUUCGAUGCCACUAGCGGAGUGUUUAUGAUUCAGGCAGAUGAAGUCACUGCUACCGUUAAAGAUCUUGGUAGCUGGAAGUAUUGGCUCGAUAUCGAGGACGCCAGUAAAGGAUGGCUAGGGUUUGUGAUCUCUCCUGAUAUCAAUCCGGUAUUCAACUACGAACAGCUUUGCUUCAUUUUCAACUACUAUUCCAACGAUGGCACUGCCUCGUCCUGGCUGCUGCACUUUGCCAACGCAGACGCUCUCGAGCACUUUCAAGAGAUUCUCAUGCGAGCCCUGUGGGAAACGCUGAAUCAGCAAAGCUGGAUAAAAGCCACAGAAGAUGAGCGGGACUACGUCCUGGACGCUUUCAACAACAUGGCACUGGAUGAUACGAUUAUGGAAGACCAGGAAGAUGAAGAUGAGGAGGAUGAGGAUGAAUUCACAGAUGCUGGAGAGCAGAUCAGAAAUGAACCGGAGCGCUACGACGCUGACGAAGAAUAUGACGAUGAGCUGGGAAAUCAAAACUUCAAGGGCGAAGGCAAAAACAGCCAGCUUGCAGUUGGAUACAAGCACGAUCGGACGUUUGUCGUACGAGGCAAUAAGCUGGGAGUGUUCAAGAAUACCGCCAACAAUCUGGAGUUCUCUACAACGAUUGAUAACCUAAAGACUCCGAACGGCAAAGUAUUCUCACCCUCAAAGGUUAUGCUCCACAAGGAAGACUCGACCAUGAUUCUACAAAAUCCAAAUGAUAAGCACAGUCUUUUUAGCAUGGAUCUUGAGUAUGGAAAGAUUGUCGAUGAGUGGAAGAUUCAUGAAGAUGUGCCGAUUACAUCCUUUACGCCUUCAAAGAAAUACUCACAGAUGACCUCGGAGCCUACGUUUGUUGGAAUAUCUGACAAUAGCUUGUUCCGAGUGGAUCCUCGUCUGGCUGGCCAAAAGUUGGUUGACUCUGAAAAUCAGACCUAUGCCACCAAGAGCGCGUUCACGUCUAUUGCCACCACUGAGAAUGGCUAUCUUGCAAUCGCCUCCGCGAAGGGUGAUAUCAGACUUUAUGACAGACUAGGAAUCCGCGCAAAGACGCAGAUUCCUGCGCUUGGAGAGCCAAUAAUUGGUCUCGACACGUCUGCUGAUGGACACUGGAUCUUAGCGACAUGCAAGACCUAUCUGCUACUCAUAGACACCACUAUCAAGGAUGGCAAGUACGCCGGACAGCUCGGAUUCCAGCGCAGUUUUGGUAAAGAUAAUAAGCCGCGGCCGAAGUGUCUGCAGCUGAGUCCUGAGCAUGUCGCGCAGAUGCAGGCGGAAACAAAGCAGCCGCUGUCGUUCACGCAAGGACAUUUUAACACUGGUCUGAAUGCAAAGGAGACUACUAUUGUCUCGAGUUCAGGUCCUUAUGUUAUCACUUGGAAUCUACGACAGGUUCUCAGGGGCGACAAGUCAUCUUACACCAUCAAGCGGUACAGCGACAGAGUCACAGCGGAUAACUUCAAAUUUGGUAGUGACAAGAACGUUAUUGUGGCGCUUCCUGAUGAUGUUGGAAUGGUGAGCAAGAAGACUUUCCGGAAGCCAACUAGAGAGUCGAUUGCCACACCUGUUAGGAUAUACGGCGAGUGAGCAAUGUGCCAAAAUGACUAUUGAUGUAUAUUUUGGGCCGAUACGCUUCUAUUGUUGUUAUUCUUCGUUAUAAUCACACAUCUAAUUUCUUUAUAUGCUGCUUCGCAAGAAUCGGGUACAAUUUAUCUGAUCUACUGCAAUAGCAUCUUUUUAUGGUAUAUA